GUUGAGCCUCCUGGAGAGAUGCAGAGUAUCAGGCCUGAGAAGAUGCAGGGGCUGCUGUCUCGGGAGAGCAGGGCCUGGGAGAAGCGUGCUGCCCUCACCAAGGACUGGGUGGCUGUGGAGCUUGGGGCCUCCGACUGUGGCAGUGACAAGAAAGACCUACCUUCUCCCGAGACUGGGCAUCCCCAGGAGUGGAUCUCGGUGGAGGAAGACGAUGAGUCAGAGGACUCCCAGGGACCAGAGUCUUGCAAUAAAGGAUGCAGAGGCCCGAGGCAGGAACAAGCUGUCGGAGGAGCCGGCGAAGAACGAUGCACAGCUGGGCAGAAGUGAAUGGCGAUGCCUGUGGAGACCAUCACUGAUGUCCAGGCCAAGGGACUGAGAUUAGCUCAGACGAAGCCGGUAGUCUUAAUCACAGUUGUGAGAUAUUGAAAAUUAU